AUGUUACAGACGUAUAAGAAGAAAAGUUCGAGACUUAGUUGGUCCAUGGAAAACAUGAAACAGGCAGUUGAUGCAGUCUUAAGCAAAACUGCUGGCUAUAGAAAAGCAGCUCACCUGUAUAGUGUACCACAGACCACAUUAGAGCGUCACGACGCUAAAAUAAGGAAAGGCGAGCUGUCUCUUGACUCUACUCCAGGUAACUUCAAGCCCGUGUUUUCGAAACAAGAAGAAGAGGAGCUGGUAAGGUACAUUAUAGAAAUGGAGGAAAGUUUGUUUGGUUUAACCACUAUCGCCAUCCGGAAGCUAGCUUAUCAGCUAGCGGAAAAAAUGAAUCAGAUCAAACUAAACAAAAAAAAUUUUGAAGCAAUACAACAAUAUUCUGAAAUAGAUCCACUACAUACAACUCCGAAUGAACUUCAAAUACAGAGUAUGGAUAUUGGCAGUGAUCCUCAGGUGCGUAAGCUGAACACUGAAACUGAAUCAAAUGCUGAAUUAGAUCCACUUUGUACAACUCCAGAUGAACUUCAAAUACAUAGUAUGAAUACUUCUGUAAAUGAAGUUGAAGCUACAAUAAAUGUUGAAUUGUUCAACAAUGACAUUCAGGUAGAUAUUUGUUACAUUGAAGGAAAAGGCGAAAACGUGGAAGAUGAGGGGCUUGGUUAUAACAUGGUAAUGAAACUUUGCGAUAACUUGCCAGAAAAUACUCUAGUUGCAUUCGACAACUUUUUCACGAGCUGCAACUUACAAGAUGAUCUGUACCAUAUGAAAAUAUUCGCUUUUGGAACAGUGAGAACAAACCGGAAAGAUCUUCCGAACAUUACGCAAAAAGCUCAACCUAAAAAUCUUAAACUUCAAAAGCAUCAAUUUACAUCUAUAACUGGCAAGCCUAUUACUGCAAUCAAGUGGCUAGAUACCAGAGAUGUCACUGUGUUAACAGCCCGUCACCCAACUGAUGUGUUGUUUGUAAAAAGAACAAAAUGA